AGGGCGGCUCUGACGCCUCAUCGCCGCUGCGCGGUCCUGCUUGCCGGCCGUUGUCGCGGGGACUGCGGGCUUGCCAUCAUGGAGGCGCUCUCAGAAGCAAACAGUACCUUCGCCCUGACCCUCCUGAAAACACUGGGUGAAGACAGCGGCAAGAAUGUGUUUUUCUCGCCCAUGAGCAUCUCCGCAACCUUGGCCAUGGUCCUGAUGGGGGCAAAGGGAAACACAGCAGCUCAGAUGGUCCAGGCACUUUCUUUAACUAAAACCCAGGGUGGUGGAGCUGGUGAUGUCCACCAGGGUUUCCAGUCACUUCUCAGCGAGGUGAACAGGCCCGAUACGCAGUACCUGCUUCGAACGGCCAACCGGCUCUUUGGGGAGCAGACUUGGGAAUUCCUUGCAGCAUUUAAAGAUUCCUGCCGCAAGUUCUACCAAGCAGAGCUGGAAGAGCUGGACUUCAUGGCCGCCUCGGAAGAGUGCAGGAAACACAUCAACAGCUGGGUGGCCAAGACGACAGAAGAUAAGAUCACAGAUUUGCUGUCACCAAAUUCAGUGAAUUCAUCCAGUAAGCUGGUUCUGGUGAACGCCAUCUACUUCAAAGGAAACUGGGAAAAACAGUUUGACAAAGAGAGUACCCAGGAGAGGCCGUUUAAAGUCAGCAAGAAUGAAGAGAAACCCGUGCAGAUGAUGUUUAGGAAGUCGACUUUUAAAAUCACCUACGUAGGCGAGAUAUUCACCAGAGUUCUGAUGCUCCCGUAUGUGGGCAAGGAGCUGCAGAUGAUCAUCAUGCUUCCAGAUGAGCACAUGGACCUCAAAGAGGUGGAAAAAGAACUCACCUAUGAGAGAUUUGUGGAAUGGACCAAGCCAGAUAGGAUGGACGAAGAGGAGGUGGACGUGUACCUGCCUCGGUUUAAACUGGAGGAGGAUUAUGACAUGGAAGAUGUUCUGCGCCGCCUGGGCAUGACGGACGCCUUCGAGGAGGGCAGCGCAGACUUCUCUGGAAUGUCCUCCAAAGGAAGCCUGCACCUGUCCAAGGUCUUGCACAAGUCCUUCGUGGAGGUCAACGAGGAGGGCACGGAGGCUGCGGCUGCCACUGCCGGCAUCAUGAUGUUGAGGUGUGCGAGAAUCCCCAACCAGUUCCGCGCUGACCACCCCUUCCUCUUCUUCAUCCAGCACAUCAAGACCAACGCAAUUCUCUUCUGCGGCCGCUUCUCCUCUCCGUGAAGGGGGGGUGCCUCUUUUGCUGCACACAGCUUUCUGCUUCCCCUCUCUGCUCCCCAACCCAUUUUUCCCGACACUCCACAAUGUGCCUGUACCCCAAGUGACCUUAUCUUUAUGCUGGUGACGGUCUAAAAAUAAAGGCCUCUCGUGGA